GUGUCCCGUCUGGAGCACAGAGGGCGAACUCCACUCUGCAGUCUGCACAGUGCACUGCAGCCUGAGCGCUGCCUGCUGCCGGAAUCCACCACAACAAUGGCGACUCCCAGUCCGGACAGCAGCUCUACGGGCUCAAACAGCGGCGGCGUUGUGGGCUCCGCGUCGCACCAAUUCCAACAGCACACCCAGAGCAGCAGCAUGCAAGAAGCCAACAGCUGCUGGAGAUGUCAGAAUGAAACAGGGUUUCAGAUAAGCCUGACAGGAGCGCCCCCAAGUAAACGGAAGGCUCUGAAGCUCAACUUUGCCAACCCCCCAGUGAAGCCCGCGUCUAGGUUGCCUCUGCACCCCACAGCCCCCACCUCCCACAACCCACACAUAGAGCGGUUGCGCACACACAGCCUGGAGUCCUCUGGGAAGCUGAAGAUCUCCCCAGAGCAGCACUGUGACUUCACUGCAGAGGACCUGAGAGACCUGGGAGAGAUUGGACGAGGGGCGUACGGCUCCGUGAACAAGAUGGUGCACAAGCCCACAGGACAGAUCAUGGCUGUCAAGAGGAUCCGCUCGACGGUGGAUGAGAAGGAGCAGAAGCAGCUGCUCAUGGACCUGGAUGUAGUGAUGAGGAGUAGCGACUGCCCCUACAUCGUGCAGUUCUAUGGUGCCCUCUUCAGGGAGGGUGACUGCUGGAUUUGUAUGGAACUUAUGGCUACCUCAUUAGACAAAUUCUACAAAUAUGUAUAUUGUUCAUUAGACGAUGUCAUUCCAGAGGAAAUAUUAGGCAGAAUAACAUUAGCGACGGUUAAAGCACUGAACCACUUAAAAGAAAACUUGAAAAUAAUCCACAGAGACAUCAAGCCUUCUAACAUUCUAAUGGACCGGCGGGGGAACAUAAAGCUUUGUGACUUUGGCAUCAGUGGUCAGCUGGUGGACUCCAUCGCCAAGACCAGGGACGCAGGCUGCAGACCCUACAUGGCGCCGGAGAGGAUAGACCCCAGUGCUUCUAGACAGGGUUAUGAUGUGCGCUCAGACGUGUGGAGCCUGGGCAUCACUCUGUACGAGUUAGCCACGGGCCGCUUCCCCUACCCCAAAUGGAACAGUGUGUUUGACCAGCUCACGCAGGUGGUGAAGGGAGAACCUCCACAGCUCAGUAACUCUGAGGACAGACAGUUCUCCCCCAAGUUUAUCAACUUUGUCAAUCUAUGCCUUACCAAGGAUGAAUCCAAAAGGCCAAAGUAUAAGGAGCUUCUGAAACACUCGUUCAUCCUGAUGUACGAGGAGCGCCCAGUGGACGUCGCCGGAUACGUGUGCCGCAUCCUAGACCAGAUCCCCUCCUCCCCCCUCUCCCCCAUGUAUGUGGACUGACUCAUCCUCACCCACACCCCCAUAUACCCCCAUGUACGUGGACUGAUACACCCCCAUGUGCAUGGACUAAUCCAUACUCCCUCAUCUCCCCCUUGUACAUGGACUGAUCCGUAUUCCCCCUCUCCCCCUUGUACAUGGACUGACCCAUCCUCCCCCUCUCCCCUAUGUUCGUAGACUGAUCCCCUCUCCCCCUUUUCCCACAAUGUACAUGGACCAUAGACUGUGUAUAGAAGUGGACUGAGACAGCGUGAUGUCACCCAUAGCUUUCGGCUGUGACCAAAUGAAUUGAGGCUAGUAGUUUUAGCGGCUAAUCCACUAUCACAACCCAUAUUUGAAAAUCCAAGAGCAUAAUCAAAGAGCCAAUCAGGAGUGAGGCUGUUAAAGUACCCUUCCUGGGCAGGCGCUUAGCAUCGAGCAGCAUUAGCACUCAAUCAAACUGGAUUGGUUUGUUAUUAAUGUUCAUAUCUCGAUUUAGGGACAAAAUAGUGAAAUAAAAACACCAGGAUCAUGUAGAGUUAAAGGGUUAAAACAAACAUUUUAAGGUCAGAAUGACGAUCCUGACAAAGGGAGAGGCCACCAUUUUACAGUAGAAGUUAACUGGAACAAGACUACAACCAUUUUGCACUCACUUUCACGGCAGCGGCUUCCGGGUGAGCUUAUCCAUUUAUAUAUACACUCUAUGAGACUGACCCAGCAUCCCCCAUCUCCCCAAUUUGCCUGGACUCUUCCUUCAUCCUCCCCUCCUCCCCCUCCCUCAUCACUUGACAUGUUCCAAAGAGCGACAGAACUCUGAUUGCCAGGUGCAAUUCUACCAUAGACAUUUUAAGCUUCACGUGGAAUCACUUUAGCAUUCAUCCAUGAGAGAAAACAAAAAAGUAAAAAAAAAAACCAAACAAACGUCAAAACAUGGUCUUAGUAAAAAUGCAUCUUUUGAAUCCACGAUAGAUAUGAACUCACCAUACGCAGAUCUACCAAAUAGGAGCGGAUAGGAGAGUGCUUUUGUGGCCUGUGAAUAUUAUGUACUCCCCCUACUGGACAGUGGCUUUACUUUGUUUGGAAUAUGCAAUCUGUGUCUUGGUCAAUGAUUCGAGUGUGUAUGUGACAGUAGAGCCAGUACACCCUCAGCUUCACCUGGGGAGAUCAAAUCUAUUCACAAACUUUAAAAAUUGCAUGGUAUUGCAAAAGGAAUGGCAUCUGGUUAAGAAUUGUAAGUCAUGUGUUUCAGAAGAGGGUAGUACUACUAUUUGUUUGGGUGUCUUAAAAUUGUACCUCAGACACCAUACUGACCAUACUACUGAGUAAUAUAUUUGACACUGUAACCUUGGUUGGGAAGAAUACUGAAUACAUCCAUUAAAAUAUAUUUUGCAGCAUAGUCCGUUACAUGGUCCAAUCAGUAAUACUUAGUUGUAUUAUAUUACAGUGUAAAAGUGAAACAUAGGACACUGCACCAACUUGUAUGCAUUUAUUUAUCACAGAUUAAUUGUGUGAUCUAGUACCACAGUAUAGUCCUUUGAUUUGAGAAAAGUAACUGUAUUAUGAAUGCCACCAAAUGAAAUAGUAACUGUACAUACACAGUUCCUUAAAGUUAGUAUUUUGGUACAUGUAUUUAGUUACUUCCCAACACUGUAACAGUACCUUUAUUUGAGUAAAAGUUUUGCUUUCUCUUCCUACUGUGAGCAGAUGUAAAGCAGUUUGUGGCCUAUCCUUUGAAAAGCCCAGAUUUGGUGCAUUUCAAAUCACAGUAUGCAAUUCUUUAGCCAAAACUUUAGACUAAAGUAAAAGCUUUUG